GACCUUGUCGUGGGACGCGCGUAUCGGUGCGGCGUCACCCCCGUCGUAUACCGGUGAAUCGUGAAUGUCGCGGGGAUUAAAAUCGUCACAGUUCAGUGUAUCUGUAGUGUAUGUUUCAGUGUAUCUGUAGUGUAACCGUCACCGCGGGGUAUCGCGACACACUCUCGUCUCUCUCGCGAAGAUCGAGUGAAGAUAAUGGUAAUUGUCGCGAAUUGAUAACUGCCCGAUGUAGAGAACGAUCGCGUUUCGGUGAGUAACGUUGUGAUAUCGAACGUAUAAAACAUCUUAUAAAAGUGCCAUAUUCAGUAGUAAAAAUAUCACAAGUGCAACGGAGUGUUUUCGUACGUCGGUAAUUUGCGGGAAAGCUGGGGAAUGGAAAGGAGGGGAGAGAGGGAAGGAGCAGUCGUCCCGAACGCAUUCCUGGAAAUGCGUGACCGUUGAAUCUUAUUUUCGCGAAUAAAUAAACGCAAUACUAGUUUGUUUUCUCGUCGUCGAGCGUCGCGAUAUGUGACGAAAGGAUGUGUGACGACGCGUCGAAGCGGUCGAAUUAACCUCGGAAUAUCGUGUCAAGUGUCGCUCGAUCGUCAUUAAUUAACUGUGUUUUCGCGAGUGAAUUUUGUGCGAAUGCGGAAUUCUAACCUGAGAGGAGGAGGCGGCCUGGGAGGCAUCGGGCAUCGGCGGAGCAACUUUGAGUUGGUGAUACACGCAACUCCGCUGCUAUGCAUCGGUGUUGCCACUGAGAGACAAUGUGCAAAUGAAGCGAUUCAAAUUAUUAAUAAUAACAAUGAACUUAAUGAAGAACAGAAAAAUUUAAUAACAAGAAUAGAAACAAAGUUGGAACUGGUUACGUGUGCCAAAGCUGUAUGUGGAAUACGAAAGAAGACAUUAAUCAUUAAUUUAUCUGGUCUCGAAGAUAAAGUAAAACUCCUUGCAAAAAUUGUAGAUUCGCUGGACAAUGCGUUGUGUGUGAUACACAACAACAAAUAUCCAAGUUCUCCGCAAUCUGAUAAUGAUUCUUCAAAUCAGGAAAUAGAUGAGAAUUCAGAUGAAAGCAUAUUAACAUUAUCAUGUGAUGAAGCAUUUGAUAUAAAAGAUAAUCCAAACAAUCGCAAUAAAAAAUUGUUUCCUACAAUUUCUUUAGAAGAAGCAUUGAUAAUAUUAGAUGAAGUGGCAUAUACAAGUGCACUUACAAGAAACACUGAAUUAGUAAAAUCAAGUGAUGCUUAUGGCAGAGUACUGAGCGAAAACAUAUUUUCAAAUUGUAAUGUGCCACCAUUUAGAACUUCUAGUAAGCAUGGAUAUGCAGUAUUGGCAUCUGAUGGACAAAAAUUGCGAAAAUUGUUGCACGGGAAAAAUUAUUUUCCUCCAAUUUCGCUUCAACCUGGAACAUGCGUAUGGGUCGACAGUGGAGCGCCUAUUCCCGAUGAGGCCACAUCGGUUGUGCACGUAAAAGAUACGCAGAUGUUAGAAUGUUUAACUAAUGACGAUGUGUACAUUGACAUAAUGACUAAACCAAGGCAUAUGCAAAAUAUUAGACCUAUUGGUUACGACUUAGCGAAAGGACACAUAGUUAUUAAUGAAUUCACACGUAUUGGCCCGGAAGAGAUGGCAAUCUUGGCAGCUUCUGGUUGCAAAGAUGUUUUAGUCUUUAAACAGUUGUCUAUAGGAGUGUUAUCCAUCGGUGAUAACUUGGAAGAACCUGGAGAACCUUUAAAACCAGGAUACGUUCACGAUAUAAAUAGAAUAACUUUAAUCUCACUAUUAAGACAUAAUGGUUUCUCCUCUUUAGAUUUAGGAAUUGUAAAUGACAACUCGUCGUCUAUAAAAGAAAACAUCGAGCAAGCUCUAAGUAAAGUAGAUAUACUUGUUACAACAGGCUCUGUUAAUGAUAAAGAUUUAUUGAAAAAUAUUUUAACGAAAUACUUUAGAGCCAAAAUAUAUUUUGGUAAUAUAGAUAUAAAACCAGGGAAAUCGACGACAUUCGCUAAGUGCAUGAUCGAUUAUAAGCCAAAGCAUUUGUUAUGUUUCUCGGGAAAUCCGUUAUCCGCUAUUACUACCGCACAAUUAUUUCUUUUACCUUUUGUAAAUAAAAUAAGUGGCUAUAAACUUUCGGACUUUGCUGUAGUUCCAGUUCACGUAGAUGAACCGUUUAUUUCACAUCGUCGUCUUAGAUUUGUGUGGUCGCGUAUAAAGUGGUCUGAAAAACAGUCUUUGAUGGCUAGCAACAUGGACAAUCUUUACAACGAUAAGUUAUGUAACAUUGUAGGUUCAAAUGCACUUUUAUCAUUACCAAAGAUUCUUAUGAAUUGCAAAUUACUGUCUCAAGGCUUUGCUACAAUGGUAGGAUAUCUCAUUGACUUUCGACUCUUUGAUAAUAUAUUAUCGUAAAGUUUAAAUUUGGAAGAUGAAAGAUUAUAAUGCUGUACAAUAUGUUUAUACGUAUUUUUGCUUUUAAAAUUAUAACUUAAAAUAUAUCUUUAGCUUAAGUAAUUUUGCUUCACAUCCAUACUGCAUCGAUUGAUAUGGAAAGCAAAAGUUUUUGUAAAGGUUUCGAUACAUUUCAUGUUUAAUAAUUUUGAAAGAAUUCUACAAAAUUUUAUAUGAAAUAUUACAACGAAAAUGUUUCUAAAAUAUAGUAAUAUAAAAUGUUGCAAUAGAAAUGUAUUAAAAUCGAUUACUUGCAAUAAAUUUGCAAUAUAUUUAAUUAGAAUAAAAAAUUAUUAUGACAUUAAACUGACGUCACAAGAAUUACUAAAAAUUUUUUAUAAUUUUUAUUACAAAUUAGGAAAAUAAUAUAUUUUGUAUAUUUUACAUACAGUUUCUUAAUAAUUCUUUUGAUCUAGGUUUGACAUUUAAAUAAGUAACGUAGCUGCUUACUUAUAUUUAUUUUUAUAUACUGUCAACCAAGAAAAUAUUUUUGCGUUUAUUUUUCUUACACUACUUUAUUUCCUUUAUUACCGCGCAUGCGAAAAACUUGGCACAGGUCACAAAACUGAAUACAUUUUGAAUAUUGAAAAAGAAAAAUAUAAACAGUAUCUUAUCACGAAACGUAUGUACAUCAUUUCGAUUGUUAGACAAAGUUAGUGAGAUCGACAAACGUGACAGUUGGAAAACGAUCGAACGUACGGCAAAAGCUAAUGAGUGUCAAUAAACAAAAAAUCGCUAAGAAACAUCGAAAGAAGCAGAAAUGGCAAUAAAAGUUAAAAUUAUAAUUUGUAUGUACUUUUGUGAUACGUGUGAUUGUGUAUGAUUGCGUGUAUUCUUUAUUAUAGACUUGCAAAUGUUGCAUAUAUAUACAAUAAAUCUAUUUUUUAAUUA